UCUUGCGUCUGUGUUCUUUGCCAAGUUCUUAAAUUCGAAAUAACGAGUCCCUAACCACUACAAGAUGGGUAGGGAGGACAAGGCAACCUGGAAGUCUAACUACUUCACCAAACUCAUUCAACUUCUGGAAGAUUACCCGAAGUGUUUCAUCGUAGGCGCUGACAAUGUCGGCUCCAAGCAAAUGCAGCAAAUCCGUAUAUCUCUCCGUGGCAGUGCCGUGGUACUCAUGGGCAAAAACACCAUGAUGAGGAAAGCCAUCAAGGGUCAUGUGGAGCGCAACCCUUCUCUGGAGAAAAUCCUGCCCCACAUCAGAGGCAACGUCGGGUUUGUUUUCACCCGUAAUGAUCUUGUGGAGAUCAGAGACAAGUUGCUGGAGAACAAGGUUAGGGCUCCUGCUCGUGCUGGGGCCAUUGCUCCACUCCCUGUUGUCAUUCCAGCCCAGAACACUGGGUUGGGUCCAGAGAAGACCUCUUUCUUUCAAGCUCUGAGCAUCCCCACCAAGAUCUCCAAGGGAACCAUUGAAAUCAUCAACGACGUGCACAUCCUGAAACCCGGCGACAAAGUGGGCGCCUCCGAGGCCACCCUCUUGAACAUGCUCAACAUCUCGCCCUUCUCGUACGGUCUGAUCGUCGAGCAGGUGUUCGAUUCGGGCACCAUUUUCGCGCCCGCCAUCUUGGACAUCCGGCCGGAAGACCUGCGCGAAAAGUUCCUGGCCGGCGUGGCCAACUUGGCUGCCGUCUGUUUGAGCGUCGGCUAUCCGACGACGGCGUCGGCGCCGCACAGUGUCGCCAACGGGUUCAAGAAUCUGCUGGCGCUGGCGGCGGUCACGGAGGUGGAAUUCAAGGAGGCGGCUACCAUCAAGGAGUACAUCAAGGAUCCCAGCAAGUUUGCAGCUGCUGCAGCUCCGGUUGCUGCUGCUGCUACUACUGCGGCUGCUCCAGAAGCCAAGAAGGUAGAGAAAGAGGAAUCCGAGGAGGAGGACGACGAUAUGGGUUUCGGUCUCUUUGACUAGAAAUUUCAUGUCAGAUUCUUUUUAAUGAGAUGACUUUGUUGAUUUGCUGAGUCAGACUGUCAAAUAAACAAUGGAACAG